AUGGCGUUCAGGUGCGGCUCAAGUCAAGUGCCUUGGUGCCCGUCAAUGCAACAGUGCAUCAUGGCAAUCCUUGCUGUGCUGAUCCUUGGAGUUGCCGCCACAAGUGCUUCAGGGCUUACUGGAAGCAACCGCAGUGUUUGCGUAAGCAAAAAGGGCCUGCUCUAUGACGAAGCGGCUUGCGACAAACUCGGAAGAGACCGUGGGUGCGCGUGGGAGGCUGGACAGUGCAUCUGCCGAGAUGGCGGGCGCUACUCCAAGAAGGCGCGCCGCUGCGCGCCGCCUCAGACGCCGACGUCCACGGGGUCAACCAAGACGACUCUCCUGCAGGCUCCGCUGCAGGACUCGAAUGGCAGCACGUGCGUCUCAAAUCGUGGCCUCCCCUACGACGAGUACCAUUGUGGCGAGGUGGCAAGGAGUAGGGGCUGCAUCUGGAAGGACAACCGAUGCGCAUGCGAGAAUGGGGGCGUCUACUCGAAAUCGGGCCACAAGUGCUGGCCCCCCACCCCACCGGCAACGCAGGUUGCUCUCAGCACCACAACCGAGCCACCUCCAUUGCAGGAGGACAACUCCAGCGUGUGCGUGUCUUACUUAGCCAAUAGCUGA